AACGAGAUGGAUUUUGGCAGACGUUGUGCUAAUUUUCUCAUCGAUAAAACAUUUGAUUUCAAUACAGUUUUCUGUUCCCAAAACUACAAUCUGCUACGAACAGAGACGUGCGUUCUGCGUUCUGUAAUCUAAGUUCUGUAGAUUUUACCCUUUGCCAAAGAUUUUUUUAAAUUGCGUUGUUUGGAAGGAGUGCAAGGGCCAAUUGAGUUUUUGAACACGCGCAAGUCACAGAGUAGGAGUUCCCUAAACAGAAAUAUGCAUGCUAGAACGCGACAAUGGGAACUCGCUAGCUUGUGCUUGGCUCUGCCCCCCUCCUUGCCUGUUCUGCCCACUGUGACUCAUUUGUCACGUUGGAUACGACAAGCUGUGUUGUAUCUGUGGUACAGUGUGUUGAAACUGAAUUAAACAUCGAAUCAUAUGAGCAAAGGCAGCUUCAAAAUAAUUUAUGAUUGCGCCGUCCGCAACAACACUGAAAUAUUCCUAUAGAUUCAGUAAUUUUAAAAAAGCAUAGCAGCGGGAUUUCUGUAUUUCCUGGUUACUGCAGCAUUAUCCGUGUGUAUACAGGCCUGUACUGUGUUGACUGACUGGUUAUGAUACGAGUGGGACGAAACUGGGUUGGGCCGAUUCGAAUAGCACUUACCCUUUUAGGAUUUCCAUUUUGCCUCUGCACCUCAGGAAUCAGGCCUCUCACCUCAUUCUCUUCUUACCAGUUUUCUGCCAGAGUUAGUAAAAGCCUCAGUACCAGUGGCUGUAGUCUGUGUGUGCUACCGCCCAGUGUCUUCACUAUGCCCUGCUCAGCCCCUCACAACAAGGCCAGAUGCCCAAAGUACCCCGGCUCAGAGACACAGCGGUUCCCAGUGCCUGAUGACAAAGUUGACUGGAAUACUGAUUGGCCCCAGUACAGACCAGUGAGCUACACUGCCCCAUCUGUACUCAUCAAGCCUGUAUGGGCCGAUCAGGACAUCAGGUCUUUCUCCCCGCGGUUUAACGCUCUGGAUGGCAAUGUGGACAGGCGGAGUCACGAGGGAGACUACAGAGUGGAGCAAGGCAUGCCACUAAAUCCUCGAGGUCGCACUGGUUUGACUGGGAGAGGUUUGCUGGGACGGUGGGGACCCAAUCACGCAGCAGAUCCCAUUGUUACCAGGUGGAAGAGAGACUCAGCUGGACAGCAAGUGUCGCACCCAGUGUCCAAACUGCCAGUUUUGCAGUUUGUGUCCAUCAAGAGGAGAGACUGUGGGGAAUGGGCCAUCCCAGGGGGUAUGGUAGACCCAGGGGAGCUGGUGUCCCUCACCCUGCAGCGUGAGUUCUCUGAGGAGGCUCUGAAUUCCCUGGCAGCUUCCCCCCAGGACAGAGAGCGGAUCCACGAGCGCAUCACUCAGCUGUUCAACUCGCCGGGUCUGGAGGUUUAUAAGGGCUAUGUAGAUGACCCAAGAAAUAAUGACAACUCUUGGAUGGAAACGGUUGCUGUCAACUUCCAUGAUGAUACAGGUAACAGUGUGAGCGAGCUCCCAUUGCAAGCGGGCGAUGAUGCCGGGCAAGUCCACUGGAUCGACCUUGACUCCGUCCUAUCCCUCUAUGCAAGCCACUCCCAGUUCUUGGAGGUGGUCGCCAAGGAGAGGCAUGCUCACUGGUAACCAAGGAAACUGUCCUCACGUUCAAGAGGAUUGGCCGGAGCAAGGCCCUGCAGCAUUAUCACUGUUUUGGCAUCAUGGCCUUGGUCAGGGAGUAACGAAACAAUGAGAGCAUGUCUUCUUUUGAACAAAUCAUGUUCCCAUCAGCCCUGAUUAAAGAGGGAGUGGUUACAGAGUAACCACAUACCACAUAGUAAACAGUGAAAAGCAAUAGGUAAUAUACAUUCUAAAUAUAUAUACACUAUCAAAAUGCAUAUUAAGGUUAGAAGCAGUAGAAAGGUCUAAGUAGUUAUGGCCUUUUUAUUUUUAUUUCACCAUUAUUUAACCAGGUAGGCCAGUUGAGAACAAAUUCUCAUUUACAACUGUGACCUGGCCAAGAUAAAGCAAAGCAGUG